UCUCUCUCUCUCUCGCUCUCUUCUGGACUGGGCCCGCCUUGUUCCACUCUCUAGCAGGUUCAAAACGCAAGCUAACGCAUCAGAGCAGGGCUUGUGCGAAUGUGUGUGUAGGUUUCGCAGGCAGUGCACCAGUUGGCAUUGCGUCUCACCCGAGGAGGGGGAAUACGAGGAAGGAAGCGUUACGAAGGAGAUUAGCGAUUCAGAUAUAAAAUAAAAUUCACAAAUUAGGUUCUUGUUGUUCUUGCCGCAGCAACAGCGCAUAAUUUAAACCGUACAAAAAUGGCAGAUCCAAUGACCCAGUCUGCACAGAUCUCCUCGUCUGAGGGACUUGUCGAUGGAAAGAACUCAUCUUCCUCGUCCAAAGACUCUAAGUUCUCCGAUUCCUUUCUUUCCUCUUCGCCUGUAUCUCUCAUUCAGUCUCCUCAAGACCAAAGUGUGAUGCCUUCAGAAGGCGUGGCCACAUCUCUUUGUUUUCCCCCUCAAGCCUCAGCGCCAGCGAGCACUGCGGCAGAUCAUUAUGUCAAGGAUCAGAGCAAGAAAGUGGAAGUCCACGGGUUUGCAUCCAGCUCCGUUGGACGUUCCAAUGUGGUGCCACAGGGCUUCCCCGGAGGCACCUCUUCGAACCCUGCUACCCUAGACCAGGACUCCCCUGUCGUGACUUCCCCUGUCUCUGAGCGAAUCAAAGCUCUCGAAGCCCUGGCGGCAAAGCAGAGCGAUGGAGACACCUGGAACGAUGGAGGUUUCCUCCUCUUCAAGGAGCGCCACUAUGAGAAAACUCAAACGGAUGUAAAGGUAGAGUUUUCCACCGCCACUCAGAUGAAGGAAGCCACCCCAGGACAGGACUCCCCUGAAUCUCCCUUUGAGGUCCUUGGGGACACAAAGCAGGGGGGUGAAUUUGAAGACACCAUGGACUGGAUGCGAGCUCACCUUCCUCCGGCACCUGACUUUGGAUCCGGAAUCCCUGAUCCAAAAGUUGGCAAAGAAGCGUCCGAUUUCCCAUCUGUUUCUCCCCGAUCAGGAGAAGCUGUAGCCUCUGCAGGAGUGAUAGAAGUAGGUGUGCCUGAUGCAUUCAUGGACUCUCCAACUGGAGCAUCCAAGCCUACAGGUCCAUUUAUUGUGCCGGGGAAGCAGUCGAGUGUAGAAGAUGAUUCUGAAUUUGACCUCCGCUUUUUGCCCACUGCUUAUGUCUGGGAAAAACCAGAGAAAAUAGCUGAAGAGCUCCAAGGGCCUCCCAGCCAUGCCAUUGUCCAGGAACAGGAGCCUCCUGCCCCCCCUGCUGGAUUUGAUUCCCCCCCUCCCCCUUCUCCUCCAACCUCUCAACUAACAGCUACAGAGGUCAAGUACACCCCAUUAGGUGAUGGCUUUGAGCCUGCGGAAAUCCUUGAUGUUGACAGCUCAGGGGAAUCAGAGGAUACGGUGACUGAGGACACUGCCCCUGUUUCUGCGCUUGCAUCAAGUGCAACCUCUACAGAGGUUGCCUCCGCAGCCCCUUCCCCGCCAACUGAUGGGAAAGAAACGCAACUGACUAAGGCAGAGCAUUCCUUGCCAGCCCAGCCAGAGAAGCAGACAAUACUGGUGCCCAUAAUUAAUGUGAUUGAGACGGAGGAACAAGUGUGCAGUGAUGAUGAGGUGGAGCAGGUAGAGGAGGACGAAGGCUAUCCGGUUGUCGACGACCCCGUUAAAGAGGGACCUCAACACACUGACCAAAAACCAGAAGUGCCCGAGUCGGCAGCACGUGAUCACACGGCACCUGUUUCAGAGGUUGCUCUUGGACCCUCUGAUAUCUGCACCUUUGAUGCCACAUCCCAAGAGGAUAGUCCUCCAGCAUCUAUGACCCAUACUGAUGCCAAGACCUCACCUCAACACCAGUCUGCCAAAGAGGAGUCUCAUGUUAGCAGGCCUCCCUCUGCUGUUCCGGCUGCACGUUCAGAGGAUACCGCACAGGAUUCUCCUGCGUCAAAAGAGCCAGAAUUGGAUGCCCUGCAGGGGGAACCUCUAACCUCGGAGAAAAUGCAAAUACAGAAUGAGCCGCCAGCAAAGUCUUCCAUUCAAGCAGCAGAAACUGCGGAUGAAAAAAUUGCGGAGCGAUUGACUGAUCCAGUCGACCAUUUUGAAACCCAGCCUGGCUUCCUUGAUUCUUGUUCCAAUGAUGAAGCUGCACAGCAUGCUUCAUCUGACUUACCCACCUCAUUAACUGAGAAACCCAUUAAUGAUUCCAUAAAGGAGGAUGUUUUACAGUUUUCCUCUCCACUGGUAGAGCCAAGCAGAGCACUAGGCAGUUCUGAGGCUAAUGAAUAUGUUCAACUAACUGCAGAGAAAUCUGUUACAGAGACCCCUGCAGCAAUGCAAGAGGGUAAAUCAGUGGACAAACAUUAUAACUUGGAUACUGAAACCAAAAUUGGCUCAUCUGAUUCUCAACCCCAGAGCCACAUUGAGCCAAUGGUUCCACAAAUGAAUGUCUCCUCUGAGAAUGCCACUGCAAUGACCUUAACUGAUCUUGGAGAUGUUGGCGCCAAAGAUUCUGAAGAACCUCAUCCCAAACCUGUUGGAGGACAGCCGUCCCCACGAGACUUCAACCAAGAUCCAUUUUCUUGCCUCUGGAGUGAACCCCAAGAUGUCACCCAGAAGGUGCUGGAGUCGAACAUGGAUGCCUCAGAUGAAAUAACUUCAGAGGUUAAAUCCCUCCAUAACGAGUCGGCAAGCAAGAGUGUUACUGAUGUCUCACCUCAUACAGAGUCUGGCAUGAUGGCCAGGGUUGUGGAAACUAAAGCUGAUGAGAACUCACCAGAGACGACGAGCGACCCCGAGAGCAUAGAGCCGGAGUGUUCUGUGACAGCCGCUACUGACAGCUUUGUGGAGUUCAUGAGGGAGUGCCUCAAGUCAAGACAGGGGGAGGAAGAGCCAGAGGAGCUCAGCCACCACCUUGGAGAUGAACAUAAGUCCCCCAAGAUGGGUGUCCCAUAUUCCAAGUCGCCGCCAGCUAUCGCUUUUGAUGUAGAGCAGGAGCACCUCACCAUUCGUGCCCUGAAAGAACUAGGUGACAGCCAAGAGGAGGAAGAGCAAGACAAGGUGCUUCCUCAGUUUGCCUCUAAAACACAAACCCCUGUCGGCCCUACUCCACUGCCCCCUUCUCCCCCUUGUGAACCUCCAUGCGAAAUGUCUGCGUCCAAAAUGGCGGAGGAAGUGGACAUGUGGGUGGCAGAGGCUUACCAUCUUGCAGAGCAUGUCUUGGCUGCAGUACUAACCCACUUGUCAGUCCGGGACCUGGUGUACUGGCGGGACCCCAAGAAGUCGGGCGUGGUUUUCGGCACGUCCCUCCUGCUCCUGCUGUCCCUGGCGGCGUUCAGCGUGAUCAGCGUGGCGUCCUACCUGCUCCUGGCCCUGCUCUGCGUCACCAUCGCCUUCCGCGUCUACAAGUCCGUCGUCCAGGCCGUGCAGAAGUCCGGCGAUGGGCACCCCUUCAAGGAGCUCAUGGACAAGGACGUCAGCAUUGCCCCCGAGACGUUCCGCAAGCACGUGGACUCCUGCCUGUCCCACGUCAACCGGGCCCUCAAGCACCUGAGCCGCCUCUUCCUGGUGGAGGACCUGGUGGACUCGCUCAAGCUGGCAGUGCUGAUGUGGCUGAUGACCUACGUGGGGGCGGUCUUCAACGGCAUCACCAUCCUCAUUCUGGCGGACGUCCUCCUCUUCACCGUGCCCUUGGUGUAUGAAAAGAACAAGACCCAGAUUGACCAUUAUAUAGAUGUGGUCCGUACCCAGUUCAACACCAUUGUUUCCAAGCUGCAAGAGAAACUCCCCGGUGCGGCCAAGCGCAGCAAAGUGGAAUAAAGCCCCCCUCUGCUUUGUCCCCCGCCACCUCCGACACCGCCGUUGCCCCUUAUCUAGACCCCCCGCCCCUCCUUAACUCCCUCCCCAAAUUCGGUCCACACCGUUACCCUGGACACACCCUCCGACUCGAACUCGGCCCACCGACGCACUGAACCAGCUACUAAGAAAACCGCUACUCAGAUACUCAGCAUAACCGCGCAAGCUUGCAAAGCAGUAGGACAGGAGCUGUGCCCAGCGAGGGAGUGUCGCGCGUAGCGCGCCGCGAAAUUGAAACGGUGGUGCGAGAGCUAGAUUGAACCCGUGGCCUCUGGUUUUAUAGGUCAGAUUUGGCCGCUCAGCAGCUCAAGAGAAAUGGCGGAAGCCAUUUUCUCAAAAAGCAAAUGUCUGUACGGAACACAUUUCAGGCUAUAGGAGCAACUUAUAAACGAAAAAUAAUAUAGGAAUGUCACGCUCUGGGGUCUAAUUUACGAUUAGCAUUCAUCCUGGCGGUCUGUUGAUGAUUAGAACAGUUGUGGGAGGUAAAAUUUGGAAAAAUGUCACCAGUUUGUCCUCACAGCGAAUUACAAGCAAAGUAUUUUUUUUCUUCUUUUUUUUUUUUUUUUUUUUUGAAGUUUGGAAUGCCUUAAGGUUCUCUCCGCUACUAAUUGGCUAUUCGGCCUCUCUGUCGUUUCCUGUGUUCGUCCUGAAGGCAUUUUUUUUUCGUAAAGUUUGUUUUCUGCAAUGCACUGAAUGUUUGGCACGCCACACGUGGGUGGGAUUAAAAUAAGAAAUAAAUUCGAAAAUUAAAAAAAAGCACCAAAGUGAACCAGCCAUAAUAACUUGGUCUAGUUCGCCCCGUUUGUUUUGGUGCAUUUUUAAAAAUGUGUUUGUAAAUAAGACUAAAACAGGCUUUCAGCUGUAAUGAAUCUAAGAAUCUGCUGUCGCUUUUCUCAAAGAUCACUUGUGGUGGUCAUACUUGUUUUAGUCGCACAUGUUUCCAAGUCAGUCUCCCAAGUCGUUGAUUAUUAUGAUCUGCUUCAUUAUUAUGAUUACUAUUAUUAUGAUUGCUACUGUUAAUAAGAUAACUGCUUUUGACUGCCCAGCUUUUGACUUUUGCUACAUAGAGAGAAAUCUAUAGCUAACCGCUUCAAAACCUCCCAGUGAUCUCUGAGGAUAUGGGGUCAGAACUAUGGACAGAUUGUCUGUGGCAUCAACUCUGAAUCAGAACCAGGAAGCUACGCUGGUGUAUAGCUAAAGGCUUGGUCCUGUGUACCGAUGUGUGGAAGGUGGAAGGGAUUUCUGGUGUAAAAUGUUUACCCUUGCCUUUGCUGAAACCAUAUUUAGGUCCUUUUAGAUGCUCUCUGUUUUGUAAUUUUAAUAAUGUUCUGGUAAUUUGCAUAGUUUUUUCUUUUUUUUGUGAUUUGCUCAGAGUAGUAUUUUUAUUUUUAAGUAGGAAACCACAAGUAAUUUGUAAUUGGGCUGUUCCCAAGAGUAAGGACUAAUGUCGACACCACACUGUUUGUUUUCCUUGUGAUUUUUUGAAGGGUGAUGUUUGGUAAAGAUUUCAAGAUGAAUUGCAUAUGGCGGUAGGCCGAGAGUGUUUAUAUGGAUGGGUUCCUUCUGCAUUUCAGGAGAAUGCUGGUGGUUUGGGUAAAGAGUCCGAUUAAAGCUAUGGGUUAAUGGUUAUUUUCGGAUUGCUUCAGCAAGUUAAUGUGGUUUGCGAAGGUCUGACUACCUUUUCCUAGCGAUGUUUAUAGAACAUUCCACCUAACGCUUGUGAACCUCAAUAGUGCUGGUCCCCCUUGUCAUGGUCUGUCUGUUAAGAUGUGAAGUCAUACCUUUGUAUGGUUGUGCACCCCUGUCCUUCUGUCAAGUUCUGGAAAACCAGUUCCGUUGGAGACUGAGUUCAAACUGGAUUGUGACAUCACAAUGAGCUGGGGGCUUCUGGGUUUGCUCCCAGAAUUCAGGAUAUUGUAGUUUGUUUAGGAUCAUUAUCAUCACAGACACACAUACACAUACACACACACACACACACAGACACACUCACACACUUACACACAGACGGGUAUGUUCAUGCACACACUCAGUUGUGUGCAUUCACACACUGGAAAGAGUUUGAUGUCUCAUCUGUGUUUGUCGUAUUGAUGCUGGGCUAACCUUUCUCAGACCAGACUUUUCAACAGAAGAUCACAGGUGGUGCUUGUGAAGGUUUGUCUUGGUUCCAGUGCAUAGACAGUAUCUUUUUUUUCAUUAAUUGCUUUUGGGGAUUGUUACAAGAUGAGAAAAUAAUGCUACCUGUGUUUGUUUUUUGUUUUUUUGUAAUAUAAAUAACAAUCGCAGACCUCUUUACGUUGUCUAGAUGCUGUUUCUUAGUUGUCGCUGUAUUCUCUUGCGAACUCAAAAAAAGAUGACUAAACUGAGCACUACACUGAAUUGAAACUGGAGCUUACAUUUUUUUCUUGGUUUCCUUGUAGCCUAUAGCUUUUAUCCUUUAGUUUAUCUUUUUUUUUUCUUUCUUUUGGGUGAUGUCGGAGGUUACUUCCUCUGCGGAAGCCUUUGAUUCUUUUUCUCUGGGUAGCCGUGUGUUCCUUACACCUGAGCUCUGCUUGUUAGGCAUCCAUUUUCCUCACGUCCAGGAUCGUUGGAGUGAAAGGCUAUGCGAAACGGAAAUAAUACUAUGUGGUCCUUGUACUGAUGUUACAGUGAUAUUAAUAAAAAUGUCAAAGGA